UGUCAGAUUGACAUUGUCGUCUCGGUCGUUUCUCUGUUUUGAUUUGCAAUCUCGUUCGUGCAACAGUAUUUAAGUUCUGAUUUUACCUUUUAUUUAAGAUGAAUUUCAUCAAACAAAUUGUGAUCCAAAACCGCAUCUUCAUCAGAAAUUACCACAUCACUUCUUUCAAUUGUUGCAAAACAAAUCCGGUUAAUUUGGCAUACAAUUCAUACGAAAAUGUUGACGAUCGGAAUGAAGGGUCAAAUGAAGGUUCAGUUGUUAUCAUGCACGGUUUGUUCGGAUCGAAACAAAAUUGGAAAAGUAUUUGCAAAGCACUUCAUGCAAAGUCGAAUCCAAAGAGGAAAAUCAUUGCUGUAGAUGCUAGAAACCAUGGCGAAAGUCCACACACGUCAAGUCACACGUAUAUCGAUUUGGCUGAAGAUAUACGACACUUCUUUGAACAGAAUAGUAUAACGAAAUCCAUUUGCAUCGGACACAGUAUGGGCGGACGUGCAAUGAUGUGUUUCGCUCUGAAAUAUCCAGAACUAGUCGAUCGAGCUAUAAUUGUGGAUGUCUCUCCUGUGCGAUCCAGUCCAUCACUAAUUGGUAUGGGUGGUAUUUUUGCUGCAAUGACGACAGUGAACAUACCGGCUACAAUGAAAAUGAGUGAUGGUAGAUCACUAGCCAAUGAACAACUGAUGGACGCCAUACCAAGUAAAGAAACCCGAGAUUUCGUUUUAAUGAAUUUAGUAAAGGGAGCUGAUGGACGAUUCAGUUGGCGAGCCAAUGUCGACGCAUUGCAUAAGAAUUUUAACGAUCAUAUAUCAACGUUUCCUGAUAGUCUCGCCGGCAAACAAUACCAUGGUCCGGUUUUAUUUUUGGCCGGCUCAAAAUCCGAUUAUAUUAAAGAGGGUGAUCUGGAUGGCAUGAAAACAAUAUUCCCGAAUAGCGAUCUAAAAUUCAUUGAUUCCGGCCAUCUGGUCCACGUGGAGCGGCCAUAUGAUUUUUUAGAUUUAGUGUUGAAUUUCAUAAACCAUUGAUCCAGUUGUGUGGUCACAUCGAGAACUGUUGUACACGAACAUUUUGUUGUAGGUAAUUAGAAAGAACGAAAACUCAUGAAUUUAA